AUGGGAAAGAACAAAAACACAUCCCUGAACGUGAUGGUGAUAGAUUUCAUUCUCCUGGGUUUGUCUCACCCUCCAAAUCUGAAGACCCUCCUCUUCCUAGUUUUCUUCAUUAUUUACAUCCUGACUGAGCUGGGGAACUUGCUCAUUCUGCUCACAGUGUGGGUUGAUCCAAAGCUUCAUGCUCGCCCCAUGUACAUUCUUCUGGGCGUGCUCUCAUUCCUGGACAUGUGGCUCUCCUCCAUCAUCGUUCCUCGCAUUAUUAUAAACUUCACUUCUUCCAGCAAGGCUAUCUCAUUUGCUGGUUGUGUGGCUCAGCUAUAUGCCUUUCACUUCCUCGGCAGCACCCAGUGCUUCCUCUACACCCUGAUGGCCUAUGACAGGUACCUGGCUAUAUGCCAGCCCUUGCGCUACCCUGUGCUCAUGAAUGGGAGGUUAUGCACAAUCCUUGUGGCUGGAGCUUGGGUGGCUGGCUCCAUCCAUGGGUCCAUCCAGGCCUCCUUGACCUUCCACCUGCCCUACUGUGGACCCAACCAGGUGGAUUAUUUUUUCUGUGACAUCCCUGCAGUGUUGAGACUGGCCUGUGCUGACACAAUGGUCAAUGAGCUUGUGACCUUUGUGGACAUUGGAGUGGUGGCCGCCAGCUGCUUCAUGUUAAUUCUCCUCUCCUAUGCCAAUAUAGUCCAUGCCAUCCUGAAGAUACGCACUGCUGAUGGGCGGCGCCGGGCCUUCUCCACCUGUGGCGCCCACCUAACUGUGGUCACAGUCUACUAUGUCCCCUGUAUUUUCAUCUACCUUCGGGCUGGCUCCAAGAGUCCCCUGGAUGGGGCAGUGGCUGUGUUUUACACAGUUGUCACUCCUUUACUGAACCCCCUCAUCUAUACACUGAGGAACCAAGAAGUAAAGUCUGCUCUGAAGAGGAUAAAGGCAGGUCGAGGGGCCACAAAUGAAAAUAAGUAA